AUGAGUCCUCCCUCAGUAUACGGCCCCACGAGCGCGGAGCUCCCGGGCUCCAGCCUGGACGCGAAUCCCCUCGCUGACGCGGCUCCCGCGCAGGGCUGGGACAACGACGACAGCACCAUCAAGACGGUGGACGAGCUCGUCCGCCGCCGUGCCCGGGCUCACCCUGACCGGGUCAUCGUCUCCUACCCCUCGUCCGGCAUCAACUACGUCGACUACACGAUGAGGCAGCUGGAUGUCUUCGCGUACCGUGUCGCCAAGUACUACGAGCAGCGCAUCCCCAGCCGUCUCACCUCCGAUGAGAAGCCCACGACGGUGGCGGUUCUCGGCCCUUCCAACUUUGACUACCUCAUCACUAUGCUGGCUCUGACCAAGCUCGGCCACACGACGCUGUUUCUGUCGACGAGAAUCUCACAGGAGGCCAUCGAGUCUCUCAUCACCGUCACCGGUGCCAAGUACCUCCUGGCCGACAAGAGGUAUCUUGAGACCGCCGAGGGCGCGAAGCAGACUCUGCCCCAUCUCGACGUCUCCGAGAUCGCCAACCAGUCGACAUAUGACUUUCCCAUUGAGGUCCAUGCUGAUACGCAGCUGGACUAUGGACGCGAUCUCUCGGUUGAGUCGAACAACCUGAUCUACAUCAUCCACUCCAGUGGAUCGACUGGCCUGCCCAAGCCGAUUUAUCAGACGCAAAAGUCGGCGAUUGCCAACUACUCCAGUAGCAUGGAGAUGAAGGCUUUCAUCACGCUGCCGUUGUACCACAACCACGGCAUCUGCAACCUAUACCGCGCCAUCUACUGCGGAAAGCCCAUCCACCUGUACAACGCAGACCUUCCCCUCACUCGCGAGCACCUCACUGGCAUCAUGCGCAAGCACAACUUUGAGAUCUUUUACGGUGUUCCCUACGCCCUGAAGCUGCUUGCUGAGACCGAUGAGGGGAUGGAUCUGCUGCGUCAGCUGAAGAUCGUCAUGUACGGAGGAUCUGCCUGCCCCGAUGACCUCGGAGACACACUGGUCAACAACGGAGUCAACCUCGUGGGCCACUACGGAGCAACCGAGGUCGGUCAGCUGAUGACAUCGUUCCGCCCACCCAACGACAAGGUCUGGAACUACGUCCGCGUCCACGACAAGCUGGAGCCGUACCUCAAAUGGAUUCCUCGCGGCCCCAAUCUAUUCGAGUGCUGCGUCCUGCCCGGCUGGCCAGCCAAGGUCGCCACGAACCAGGACGACGGCUCGUACUGCACCAAGGAUCUCUUCGAGCCCCAUCCCACCAUCCCCAAGGCGUGGAAGUACAUUGCUCGCCUGGACGACACCAUCGCCCUUGUCAACGGCGAGAAGUUCAACCCCGUCCACAUGGAGGGCACCAUCCGCUCCAACAAGAACAUCACCGAGUGCGUCAUCUUCGGUGUCGGUCGCCCGUCUCUCGGCGCCCUUAUCGUGCCCGCUGCGACUCUAGCUGGCAAGACGGAGGAGGAGAUUCUUGAGGUCGUCUGGCCCGUGGUCGAGAGCGCGAGCCGCAACGUCGAGGCGUACGCUCGUGUGUCCAAGAACAUGAUAAAGCUGCUCCCUUACGACUGUGCGUACCCCAGAACCGACAAGGGCAGUGUCAUCCGUCAGGCCUUCUACAAGAGGUACGCCCAGGACAUCGACGAGGUCUACGACAAGGCCGAUGCCGGUAGCGGUGAUCUCAAGAAGCUCUCGCUCCCCGAGCUGAAGGACUUCAUCCGACAAGGACUGCUUCAGACCCUGUCCAAGAAGGUCCAGCUUGAUGACGACACCGACUUUUUCUCCCUCGGCCUCGACUCUCUGCAGGCUAUCCAGAUGCGGUCUGAUAUCCUCAGAACCAUUGAUAUCGGCGGCCACAAGCUUGGCCAGACGGUCGUCUUUGAUCAUCCCUCAAUCAACAAGCUCAGCUCUUAUCUCUACAGCCUUGGAUCCGGCGAGGGCGUUGAGACUGACGUCCCCAUCGAGAGCGAGAUGCGCGAGCUCAUCGAGAAGUACGAUACCUUUGCUGCUCCCGCAUCAUCUCUCAAGUCCUCGAUCGCCGUCACCGGUGCCACUGGCUCUCUCGGCGCUCACGUUGUAGCCAAGCUGGCCGCCGACCCGACCAUCAAGACCAUCUACUGCUUCACUCGCGCAAGCUCUGAUGCCGACGCGGCUCUCCGAGUCAAGAGCUCCCUCAUCCAGCGCCGCAUCUACCACUCUCUUCCCGCUUCAUCCCGCAGGAAGCUCGUCGCCCUCGCCACCGACCUCGCCGACGCCAAGCUCGGCCUGUCCGAGACGACCUACGGCCAGGUGAAGCAAGACCUCCGCACCGUCAUCCACUGCGCCUGGUCCGUCAACUUCAACAUGCGCCUUUCGAGUUUCGAGAAGAGCAACAUCGCCGGCGUCAACCACCUGAUCGGUCUCUGCAAGGCCGCCGGGGACGACGCCGCCUCCUCCACCACCGCCACCUUCAACUUCUGCUCCUCCGUCAGCACCGUCUCCCGCGCGACGACUGUCCCCGUCCCCGAGUCCGUCCCGGAUCUCGAGUGGGCUCAGGGCAUGGGCUACGCGCAGUCCAAGUGCGUCGCGGAGCACCUCUGCGCCCGCGCCUCCGAGAAGUACGGCGUCAAGGCCCGCGUGCUGCGCAUCGGCCAGAUCGUCGCCGACACCCAGCACGGCGUCUGGAACGCGACCGAAGCCAUCCCCCUGCAGCUGCAGACGGCCAUCACCGUCGGCGCGCUCCCCAAGCUCCAGGAGACGCCCUCGUGGCUUCCCGUCGACACCGUGGCCCAGGCGGUCGUCGACAUCUCCACCUCCGACGCCGGCGGCGUCUUCACCAACGUCGCGAACCCCAAGAUGUUCAGCUGGACCGGGGACUUGCUUCCCGCUCUGAGGGCUGCCGGGUUGGAGUUCGAGGAGGUCGAGCCCAAGGAGUGGAUCCGCCGUCUUCGCGCAUCGAACCCCGACCCCGCGGCGAACCCGCCCAUCAAACUGGUCGACUUCUUCGCGUCCAAGUACGACAAGGACGAGUUCGCGCCGUCGAAGACGUAUGUCACGGAGACGGCGUGCUCGUUGUCACCUGCGCUCGCUGAGGCGCCUGUGUUGGAUCAGCAACUCGUCAACAACUUCGUCAAGUACUUCAAGGCGAAUCACUGGGUCAAGCAAGCGAAGGCCUCGUCGAAGAACGUGAUCAUGGUCGCCGGGCCUUGCGGCAGUGGCAAGUCAACCCUCGCCACGUCACUGGCAUCAUCACUGAAGGUCCCCUUCAUCGAGGGCGACUCGCUUCACUCCAAGGCCGCCAUCGAGAAGAUGGCAGGUAACUUGCCCUUGACUGAUGACGACCGCGCCCUGUGGCUGAACCGCAUCGGCAAGCGCGCCGUUGAGGCACUCGAAGAUCUGGGAUACGACUCCGUUGUCGUUAGCUGCUCGGCGUUGAGGAAGUCUUACCGUGACACUCUCAGAGAAACCGUCUCGAAGCAGGACGCAAACAUCGUCUUCCUCGAUCUGCAGUGCGAAGCAGAGAUGCUGGUCAAGAGGAUGACGGAGAGAAAGGGCCAUUACAUGCUUCCGAGCAUGGUCGAAGGCCAGGUUAGCGUGUAUGAGCCCGCUGGCCUGGAAGAGCUGGAUGUUUUCCCUGUGGAGGGAGAGGGCAAGCCUGAAGAAGUAUUUGAAGAGGCCAAGUGGUUGCUUGGUCAGAUCGGAUUGAACUAA